AUGCUGUAUGACCAGGGCAAGAUCCAGAUGCAGCACAUCGACGCUGAGCAGCUGGCAGAGGAGAAACGGCGCAUCAAGGGCAGGGAGAAGCCGCGCGCUGCGCUACGCUCCCGCGCCGGCCUGGCCAACAUCCGGGUGGUACAGCCCAACCUGGUGUACGCGGUGGGCCUGCCCAUGGACACCUGCCAUGAGGACGUGCUGCGGGAGCAGGAGUUCUUCGGCCAGUUCGGCCGCAUCGUCAAGGUGUCGGUCAACCGCGCGCAGCCGCACGGCGCGGGGUCGACGCCGCCGCGCCAGGGCGCCACGGGCAGCGCCUACGUCACCUUCCGCCACGCAGCCGACGCGCUGCGCUGCAUCAAGGCGCUGGACGGCGGCAGCCUGCGCGGCAAGCCCAUCAAGGCCUGCUUCGGCACCACCAAGUACUGCAACGCGUUCCUGAAGGGCCUGGGCUGCAACAACCCAGACUGCCUCUACCUCCAUGCCGUGGCUGACGACGCCGACUGCCUGACCAAGGAGGAGGUGGCAGCCGGGCAGCUGCCCUCCCGCUUCAUGGCCCUGGGCGCGCACAACACCUUCUGCCCGCGCCUGACCAUCCACCCGGUGGGCAGCAGCGGCGAGCGCAGCAUCGCCGUGCUGCCGGUGCCGCGCGCCGCGGGCCGCGCUGCGGAGGGCGCUGCGCCUCAAUGCGCGGGGGCGAGGGAAACCGUGGGCGGCGCGACGGCCGCAGCCACCCGGGACGCGGUGGGGGGCAGCGCGCCGCUGCCGGGUCGGUGCGAGCCCGCCUCGGCCGUCGCCGAGCCGCCGCCGCCUCCAGCGAGCCGGCGAUCGGCGGCGGUGGCAGCGGCGCCGCAUGCGCAGAAGCACCAGGAAUGGCCGGAGCUGGGCGGCGUGGAUCGAGGGAAGGGAGGCGCAGAGGUGCCUGGCACGACAAUAUCGCCGGCGGGGUGCAGCAACGGGCAGCCGGACGCCCCGCUGCCGGGUGCCCUCCCCGCGCCGCCCUCGGCAGGGACUUCGCAGUGGGCCGCCACCGUCGCCGCGCCUGCGGAGGCCAAGGCCGCCAAGCGAGCGGCAGCCGUGAAGAAGCCGCAGCUGGUCCCCCUGCCCUCCCCCGCCAAGGUCAAGCCGGCGCUGAUCAGUCCGCGCCUGGACAUCGCCGUGGUGCCCCUGUCGGGGCGCGCGUGCGCGCCCCGACAGCCCACUGCCGUGCAGUCGGGCGAAGGGGAGGCGCAGCCUGCCGAGCUCGCCGCCGCGCGGUCGUCUGAGGCCGCGCCGGCGGCUGAGGCUCCCGCGGGGCCCGUGUCCUCCAGCACGCUCAGCGAGGGCCUGGCGGCCCCCUUCCCACGGCUUGGGGCUGAGGGCGCGGCAUUCGAGCUGCAGGGCCCCACGAGUCUGCUGGCCAACGGAUUCCGGAAUGAGGAUCGGCCGCCCCUUGCCCUCUCGACCACAGGCCUGGGCUCGGGCCGCCGCCAGCAAUCCCGCUUCGCGUUUGCUCAGGGCGAGGUUGGCGGGCCUCCCAUGGUGGCAGAGGAGCCAGCCCGCGCCAUGCGUGCCCCGCCGGGCUUCUCACCCCCCGCCCCGCCCCACGUCGCCCCCGGCCUGGCGCUGCUGCAGCAGCUGCGAGCCGGGGUGCCGGCAGGCCUGGCGCGCCCGCAGCAGCCCCUGCAGCAGGGCAUGGGGCACCUGCCGUUCCCAGACCCGGCCGUCAUGGCCGCCCAGCCCCAGCUGUCACGGCCGGCGCCGCCGGGGUUCGACCUCAGGACGUGA